AUGGCAGGCGUAGGCUCGUGGAAUUUACGCUCGACUAUCCCCACGCCGUAUCUUCCGGCGCUAAACACGGAGAUCGACUCUCCCGGCCCACUCGGCGGCUUCCUUUCGAGCUUGGACUCUCCAGGCGAUAGCAUUCCCGGUUUUCAGAUAGCGCCCCUCUUGGAAGAGCAGCCGAAGCUUAUUAAAUCGUCGAGCUCCACUCGCUUCGCCUGCGAUUCGACGAUCUUCAGUCCCACAGCGGUUCCCGACGAGGCUGCAUUCAUGGCCGGCGAAGGGAACGAAAUUUCGCAAACGGAUCUCGACAACUUGGCGGAAUGGAUCCCGCGGCUCGCUGGCGGUGCCCCCGCCGCUGCCGGGCUGCCAUCAUCAAUCGACGAGAUUGCGGCGGAGCUACAGUCGCUCGACGCCAAGCAGUUUCUGCUACAGCAGCAGAUGACGGCCGCGCGCGCAGCCGGCGGCGGCGGUUCCGCUGGCGAUGGCGAGGCGGACUUGUACGCGGCGCUAGUGCAACAGCAGCUUGCUGCUGAGAUGCACGCUACCAACGCUGCACCCGCCGCCGCCACUCACGGUCGAGACCUGGAGGAGUUUAGCGCGCUAUCGCGGAUGGCUGGUUUGCCGAACAGCCCGUUGGGAGGGGGAGAAGGCGGGGCCAAUUCAAUUGAGGCGAACGCUGCGCUUUUUGCGGCGACAGAACCGGCGGCGGCGCUCUCCGCGGCAUUGGGGAUGAUCGCGAACGAUCCCGCUGCUGCGCGCGGCGACGCACUGACGAUCCGCCCUGCGGCUCCACCGCAAUCCACGGCGCAAUUCUCGCGCGCGGCUAGCCAACUCGCAGCGGGGAACGUCUUUGGAGCGCCAGCUCAGUGGCCGUCUGCCUGCGCCACCCCUCAAGCUUCCGCCGGAGUUCAGAUCGGCGCAAAUUGGCUUCAGAACCAGCCGCAGCCGCAGCCGCAGCCGCAUUCGCAGCCUCAGACACAGCCGCAGCCGCGUGCAAAUAUGGAAACUGCUACGCCCGGGCCAGUGGCUGUGCCGCCUGUUUCUUCAGCGGACGAGCUUGAAGCGCUUUUUCAGCAGAUUCCGCCGGAGCUUGCGCCCGAGGAGCGCAUUGUGCUGGCGGCAGCGCUGAUGGCGGAGAUGCAGCGGAGCAACGCGGCGGCUGCAGGCAGUAUGAUUGGCCACUCGCAGCAUCCGCAGCACUCUCAGCAACCGCAGCAAUCUCAGCAACCGCAGCAAUCUCAGCAACCGCAGCAAUCUCAGCUGCACGUUUCUGGAGGAGCCAUUGGUACCACUCGUGGCAUCUCCUUUCCCUUGGCGCCCGUUUCAGGAAAUCCUGUAGGGAAUACUGCGGGUAUACUUGGCGACCAGACCCCUGCCUUUGCAGCUGAGCCCCAUCUGAGGCUCUCUGGCUCAAGACAGCGUCACGCCAGUGGAGCUGGUAUCAAUGCGCUGACUUCACACAGCGGACCUGCCUCAUCUCGACAGAGGUUCCCCGAAUUUCCAUCUGAUUUCCAGGAUAUUGCUCAAUGUAUGAGUGGACCUGUUAGCUCUGACGCGCUUGGCGUCUCGGACUCUAGCGCGGAGAGGGCGGCGUCAGCGCGUGCGGGUGGCGGGGGAGGGACUGGUGCGGGCAGAGGAGAAGGUGGGGGGGCUGGUAGUGGUGGAGCGGUUGGUGGUGCGAGUGGCGGGAACCCAGCGUUGAAAGCUGUUAGGCCAAGAUCGGUGAAAGAGAGGAGGCGGAGAGAGAGGAUAAGUGAUUGUUUGAGGAGGCUGAAGACUGCUAUUCCUCAGGAGAUUCUUGGAGAUAGGCAGGACCUCGGGUCCAUGAUUGAAAAAUCUGUUAGUUAUAUACAUAGCCUCCAGGCCCGACUUGAUAGGCUUCAAUCUAGUAGUACAGAAAAGGAUAGCAAGGAUAAGGGUCAGUAA